AGGGGUUGUUUGUUGGCAUCUUUCCCGAAAGCGAGCGUGUUUGACGUCUGCCUUGAAGAACAUCUUCGUCGUCGUUGUCGUCGUUGUCGUUGUCCCGAGAAACCCCCUGAAUUUGUCAUCAUCAUAACACUCGCGGAUGUAAUUUCGUACGCCUGUUUCGUAGCUGCCCUCCGUUGCGGUGGAUCAACAGAGAUCGGCCAAAUAAUCGCACGGAAUGACCAAUACUGGGAAUCGGGCUCGCACCAACCACACGCGACAUUCGUACCACCAGGAGCAACCCGUCCCGUCCAACAGCAGCAGCAGCAGCAGUGGAAGCGACGUGUUAGUUUUAUAAUUAUAUUUUGUUUUGUGCGUACGACGCGUACGAGCUGCCCGCAAACAAACAAGCCCCACGUUCCCCUUUCGGAAGCACCAUCUCGAACAACGGUGGCGGCGGAGUGCUCGGUGAUUGCUAGAGCACAUCCUGUGUGGGAUCGGGAGAUACCAGCCACCAAACCUGCAUCAUCUUUACCAGCAACAUAAACAGCACAGUCUGGUGCCUCAGUGGUGCUUCGGCGUGAAUUACGGGAAGCAAUUCGUAGCGAAAGUCAAUAUACUUCCUUGAUGUGUUUUGGAACGCCCAAAGAAUCGUUACAUCCAGUGCCAAAGCAAGCAGAGUUCGGUUUACCACACUCAACACCAACGCUAGCAUUAGUAGCAGCAGCAGCAGCAGCCGCGUAUGAUGCCCUGCCCGGGAUUGAAGGUUUCGCACGUGAUAUUUGUGAUCGUCAUUUUGAUAACAAUCGUGUUCUACUCGUCGCUCAAUGGCCGGCACUUUAUACUCGAGCCGCGCCGGUACGCAAACCACCGCAAGAACGAUCCUAGCCCACUAGCAAACCGGACGCUACCGGUGACGGUCGCUGACAAGGCGUUGCUCGUCGCCGGCGGCCAGCCGGUACCGCCGGCCGGUCUCGAACGCCAAAAGUGCAAUGUGUUCCAGAUCGUGGUGCAGGGCUGCGGCUUUAACAUGCUUACCAAAACGCUCGAGCGCGUCCAGCAGCAGGAAAAGAACCAAACGCAGCUUCUUGCCCAACAGAUGCAGAAGGAGCAACAGCAGCAGCAACAGCAAGACCAAUCGGAGCAGGAGACGGCACCCGAGCAGGCGAACAACAUCCAGCGAAUACCAAACCCUUCCGCGGUGAAACUUUCGGCCGCCCCGGUAGGAUCGUCCUCCUCUUCCUCUUCCUUGCCGCCCGCACCGCCCGUCCCGACCGCAGCGGAAACCGAUGGUGAGAAGGUGAUAAAAACGCGCGACCUGUACCAUUCCGGCCAUCUGCCGGACGGGGCGUGCGUAGCGAAUCUCUGCCCCCGGAACGGUACCGACGUAACGCUGCUAGUGCUGGUCACGUCCGCACCGACCCACCGGGAACAGCGGCUUGCGAUCCGCCAGUCCUGGGGCCAUUACGGUAGCCGGCGGGACAUUUCGAUCGGGUUCAUCGUCGGGCAAACGGACGAGGCACGGAUCGAGGAUCAGCUCGCAGCCGAAAGCUACAUGUACAGUGAUCUGAUACGGGGCAACUUUAUAGACAGCUAUCGCAACCUAACGCUCAAAACGAUUUCCCUGCUCGAGUGGACGAAGCUGCACUGUCCGAAUGCGUCCUUUCUGCUGAAAACGGACGACGACAUGUUUAUAAACGUGCCGAAACUGUUACAGUUUAUGGAGGCGCACAGCAACCAGCGGCGCACGAUAUUUGGCCGGCUGGCAAAAAAAUGGAAACCGAUACGGAACAAAAAAUCUAAAUACUACGUCAGCCCGGAACAGUACUAUCCGCCGGUGUUUCCACCAUUCACUACCGGACCGGCGUAUCUGCUGACGGCCGACAUCAUUAGCGAAAUGUUCGAAAAAUCACUCAGCCAAACGUACCUCAAGCUGGAGGACGUCUACACGACCGGUAUCGUUGCACAGCUGCUAAACAUACACCGGAUCAACGUGAAGGAGUUUCUCAACCGCCGGAUAGCGUUCAACCAGUGCAACAUCAAGAAGGCGAUCAGCAUCCACAUGGUCAAGAACAACGAGCAGCUUGACCUGUGGAAGAAGCAGGUCGACACCAGUGUUUCGUGCACGUAGAAGUAUUGUUUUUAAAACUAUUUAGUAUCAAAUUCUCCAUUGCCGCGGUUUUACCUAGCUCUCGAAAACGGCCCUCUCUUCCCUUCGGGUUUUUGUUGCUGCCCCCCCCCCCUUUUUUUCCCUCCUCUCCCCCAAUCCUACCCCUGCCCAAGACAUUUAAAACCCAAGACAUAAAAGACAUCUUUUUCAUACGCAUCACCACACACACACACACACACAUACGUUUUUCGUUCCAAACGUAAAGAGGAAUGCAAAAAGAAAAAAAAGCAAAAGAAGAAGCAAUCAGCGAGGAAGAAGAAGGAAAAAGGAUAAUAAUAAAUUAAAAUCUCUUGUAAAUGUUAUUUCUUAAAAAAAGCAACAACAAACAAAAACCUUUUUAAGAAAAAAAACGAAGUCCUGUUUUUGCCGGAGGUUUUUUUCUGCUUGAGAGCAAUUUGCUUGAUAAAAGCAAUUAAAACAACAACAACAAAAAAAAAAACAGAAGGAAAAUACGAACGAAAAAGCAAACAAAAAAGCGUACGAGCAUGCCUUUUUUUACAAAAAAAAAAAACUAAAACACGCAAGAGAUAGACAUUGAUACAUUCCGACGCUUUGAAAGUUUGUGUUAGUGUGUGUGCGAAUGCGAAACGUAUUUAUAUAGACGUACCACACACCAUGCAAACGGUGUGAAACUGUGUAUAGAAAUAACCUUGUAUGCGUCUUUCCUGGAGUACAGCGUGUCCUGGAGUUUUGCUGUGUGCGUUCUCUAGUUAAGUAAGCAUCGCGUGGUGGUUAGCAGCAGCGUUGUUCGAGACGCAACCGUCUCUUUGAGGCUGAAUUUGAAUUUUAAACCCUUCCUGAUGGACACACCUUAACCUGUUUGUUUUUUAUUGUUGCCUAUUUUCCUGGCGAUGGAAACACACAUCAAAACGGAAACGAAAAGCGCGUACAUAAACGGACGAAGAAAAAAAAAACAAACGCGAUAUAUUUAUAUACAUGAAUGUAAAACCCAUAUUUCCUAAAAAAGAAAAAACACAUGUAUCAACUUCAACAACCCCUUCAAACACAUCACAAUAGCUAGAGCAGCGGAAUUUUGGCUUUCUUCUGUAAGGCGGCUUCGAGAAGCCAACAGGACAUUGUAUAAAACAAAAACAGCAACUCUAUUUUAUAUAGCAAUUCUCACGAUUUUUUUUUUGUAACGGCUGUAAAUAUAUGUUCGCAACUGCCGACUGGAGGAAGCGGAAGAAGUGUUGCAGGAAUUGCAAUUGGCAACAGGCAAGCGAACGUGUAAGCGAAACGAUGCGUGUUUCGCUGUGAUUGUAUUGUGUAUUUUUUACCUUUUUUUUAUCGUUUAAACCUUUGUUUGUUCUCGAUAUGUACGAUUAUUUAUCAUCAUCUGGUCUGGGGAUACCCGGCGCCUAGCAUUAAGCAACGGGAUUUGUGGGCGAUGAAUAAAAUGAUUCUCUCAUCGGUUACCCCUUAUUA